AUGGAUUGGUGUAAGUUGUUUGGAGGCUCGACUGAUCAAAACCUAGAUUAUUUUCCUCCCAAUCUACGCGAUGGUAUUCCGACUGUCUGUCUGCCUUCAGAGAUCCUCGAAGAAGGUCAAUUCCGCUGGGAACAAUAUCUUUGUUUUUUUCCUUUAGCAGUGAAUCAGCUAGAGAUUGGAAUAGGAUUAAGUUAUAUUGCAAGUGCCAUUGGAGUUCCUAUCUCCAUGGACACUAUCACUGCUAAGAAAUCCAUACUUGAAUUUGCAAAAGUCUGUAUAGAAAUAGGCGUUAAAGAUGAUAUUCCUAAGCUCAUUGAGGUAGUUCUAAAAGAUAGGCAAACAACCUUGAUUAAUGUUGAGGUUCCUUGGCUCCCACACUAUUGUAGAAGGUGUAAUGUUUUUGGUCGCAAUGAAAAAGGUUGUGUUCUUAAAACUACCUCUAACCAAAUUGUCCCUCAAGUCUGGAAGAAGAAGACAACAGCGACCACUCAUGUUGGAGGGAUAGAAGUAUUGCAAGAACCUGAGAAAUUUGCGUGCCAUUUUACUGCUGCUGCUGAAGUAAAUUUACAAAUUAUCAAUGACUCAAUUGAUGCAGCUAAGAAGGAUAUUGUUGUUGGUAGUGAAGUUAAUGCAAGGUGUAAGGAGGUUGCGAUUGAAGUUAAUGUCCCUGAUCAAAUUGAAGAGCUUAAUUUCGCUAAUGAUGUUGCUGCUAAGAAUUCAACAGAAGAUGAUGCUGCUGUCUCGAGCAGUGUUAAUGUUCCUACUUCAGAUCACGUAAUCCAUGAGCCAACUGAAGCCAAUGAAGUAAGAAAUGUACAAUCAUCAGUGAUUAAAAGGGGAAGAGGAAGACCAUUGAAAGAAAAUGCUAAAACUCAGUUUUCAGGUUCAUCCAUCAGAUUUGAACUUCUCAAUUAUGCUGAAGAGAUUCCUAAUAGUAUAGAAAGCUUCCAAAGGAAACCUAGGGCUGCAUCUUUGGGAAAUAAUGUUGACGUCCUCUGCUUAUUAGAAACAAGAGUGAAGGUGGACAAAGCAGAUGCGAUCGUUGCUUCUAAAUUCCAGAACUGGAAUUUCUGUUUCAACUACGACCAUGCUAGUAAUGGAAUAAUUUGGGUUCUUUGGAGGAAGGGUAUUAACCUGUCUGUUAUUCAAAAUUCUGCUCAAUGCAUUACUGUUAGAGGAUCUCAUCGAGGUACUCCAAUGAUUAUUUCAGCUAUAUAUGGUAGUAAUGAUGGUACUGCUCGAAGACAGUUGUGGCAAACAUUAAGAGAAGUUGAUCUUACUGUUAACAAGUCUCCUUGGGUUUUAGGAGGAGAUUUUAAUAUUAUCAUGCACUCCCAUGAAAGCACUGACCAUGAAGUCCUUGGCCAUUAUCUCACCUCAGAUAUGAAAGAUUUUCAGGACUUAGCUCAUGAGCUUGAACUCCAUGGCCAUCAUUAUUUUGGCCCUUCUUAUACCUGGACCAACAAGCAAAAAGAUUUUUUUCUUGCAAGGAAACUAGACAGGGUCAUGAUAAAUUCUUAUUGGGCUACUAUCUUCCAGCACUCUUUUGUUGAGUUCAUUGCACCAGGAGUCUCUGACCACUGCAUGUCUCUAACAUGGCUAUUCAAAGAAAUUUCUGCUAAUAAGCCAAAGCCUUUUAAAUUCUUCAAUUUUUGGGUUGCUCAUCCAAGCUUCAUAAAUGUAGUAAGUCAAUCUUGGCUCCAACCUACUCAUGGCAAUCCUAUGCAAAUUCUCUUUACUAAACUUAAAAGACUCAAAGAGUAUCUUACGAGAUUUAAUAAGGAGAAUUAUAGCAUGCUCUCGGAUCGAGUCAAGCUUAAAAGAAUUGAGCUGGAAAAUCAACAACUUCUCACUUUAAAGGGACAUGAAACAAUCGAGAAUGAGCUUCUUUUACAAGAAGAGUUGUAUACUUUGGAAACUGCCAAAGUUGUAUUCCUUAAGCAAAAGGCAAAAGUGCAGUGGAUCAAAGAUAGGGAUAAAAACUCCAAAUUUUUCCAUUCAACGAUUGCUUUUAAAAACACGAGGGAUAUUAUCCGUGUUCUUGUUGAUGAUCAAGGCUAUAGAUUGGAGUCUUUUGAAGCAAUGUCGAAAGAAAUUGUCUCAAUUUAUUCUAAUCUGAUUGGAACAGCUGACAACAUGGUCAAAGAUAUCGAUCCUAUCCUUCUUAAAGAUCUUCUCAAUUACUCAUUGCCUUAUGAAGCUUCAUCUAGCCUUGUUAAGGAAAUUACUAGAGAAGAAAUUCAGAAAGUUGUAUUUUGCCAAGGCAAGGAUAAAGCUCUGGGACCCGACAGCUUCACCCCUUUAUUCUUUAAGAACUCUUGGAAUAUAGUGAGCGAGGAUGUUGUUGCUGCAGUUAAGUUCUUCUUUCAUAGUGCAACAAUUCACCAUGCUUUUAACUCAACCAUUAUUGCUCUUGUUCCUAAAAUUCCAAAUCCGAGUGCAGUUAAAGACUAUCGUCCAAUCUCUUGUUGCUCUGUCAUCUAUAAAAUCAUUACAAAGAUCAUUGUUAGAAGAUUGACUGAUUUUCUCCCGGAUAUUAUUACUUUGAACCAAACGGCUUUCAUCAAAGGAAUGAUCAUUAUUGAUAAUUCCCUCCUUGCACAGGAGAUGGUCAAAGGCUAUGGAAGAAAAUCCAUUUCCCCGAGUCUUCCUAUUCGUUAUCUUGGUAUUCCCUUGGUCACCCGCAAACUUACCGAAAAGGAUUGCCAAGCGUUAAUUGACAAGAUCAAGCUCAAGCUUCAUCACUGGUCUAGCAAAAAUCUAAGUUAUGCAUGCCACUUAGAGCUCAUUAGAUCAGUCUUAUUCAAUGUCAUCAAUUACUGGUGCAAACAACUAGUCCUGCCAACUUCUAUUCUUAAAAAAGUGGAACAACUUUGCUCUAGGUACUUCUGGAAAGGAACAGAUAAAUCUGCUGCUGGUGCUCAUAUGAGUUGGGAUAACAUUUGUGUUUCCAAAUCAGAAGGUGGCCUCGGAUUGAAUAACAUUAAAACUUGGAACAAAGCUUGUCUCAUUACUCUAAUCCGGAAAAUCUUAGCAGGAAACGGUUCCCUAUGGGUUGCUUGGCUUAAGGCAUAUGUUUUUAAGGAGCAGGACUUUUGGCAUUAUAAAGCAGCAAUUAAUUUGAGUUGGAGCACCAAUAGAAUCUUAAAAUUAAGGGCUGAAGCUUUUCCAAUCUUUUCUGCCGGUUCUCCACAAGUUAAGGAAAUUUGGGACUUGAUUCGAAGCAAAGGGCAGAUUUUUACAUGGCAUAAACUGAUUUGGUUCCCAAUGAAUAUUCCAAAAAUCAGUUUGAUUGCUUGGAUGGCUCUUCUCAACAAACUGCCUACAAGAGACAGACUUCUUAAAAUGGGAAUUAGCACCGACAGUAUUUGUGUUAACUGCAGUAACUCUUACGAGUCAAGGGACUAUCUUUUUUCACAAUGUACAAUGGCAGUGGAACUCUGGAAUUCAAUUCUGACCCUAAAUAGGAUGAAGACCACUUUCUUAUCAUGGAAUGAAAUGGUCAUAAACGCUAGUUCAUUAUGGAAAGGGAGUUCCUUCUUGUCCUUGAGCUUCAGCAAUGGCUUCCAUGGAAAACAAAUGGCUGCAAGACGCACUAGCUCAAGCAACAACUUUACCGACGACUUGAUUGAGGAAGUUCAUCGGAAAAUCGCCGGUGAACGGCGUCGUGACGAGUGGUUUAGACACAAACAAAAGACUGAGAAAUAA